AGCAUCAGCAACCAUCCCCUCGAGUCUGUGCGAUACCCCGUGACGCAAGGACGAGCCACUCAGCCAGCAAGUCCUAAACCAUCUUCAACAGAAUCCUCGUUCUUGCUCUUUUGCUCUUGUUUCUGCAUCCCGCAUCCUGUAUCCUACAUCCAACAUCCAACAUCUACAUCUACAUCUACAUCUACAUCUACAUAACACUGCAGCUAGAUUUAAUUCACUCUACAUACAAAUAUAUGUAGAAACUCUGUUAGCCCCGACCUGGCGGUGAAACCGAGUACAGCAUUUAUAUUUCGCCACGGCCGACAACCGGGAGAAUAGAAGGAGGACGAUAAAGACAACAAGCACUUCACUUUAGUGGGAUAAAAAAAGCCGACAGGACGAACAAACUCACACUCUUAUUUAGUGAUCAGACGUGUACGUUUAUUUACGAGCUCCUUUACAGACGAGAAGAAAAAUUAGAGACUGGAUAGGAGUAUUGUGUAGUGUGUAGAAUAGACACCCCGGGCGAGGCCACCGUUAACUCUAACUACCUAUGAGUGCUCACACGAGUCCACACGGAGACUUUGGUGGACGGGCAGCCACGUCAAGUCUCUCAGCCACCGAGCCAGGGACAACUAACCGGGACUUUCAGAAACUCUGCGACCUGGUAUCAGUUAUUCGUCUUGGCUAGAUGGUUGGAGGAUGCCCACAGGUGAAAGACUUUUAGACAUUGCAUGCAACGUCUGUGGAGAUCGAAGUUCCGGAAAGCAUUAUGGCAUUUAUAGUUGUGACGGCUGCUCGGGAUUUUUUAAACGAAGUAUUCACAGUAAUCGAGAUUAUUCCUGCAAAGCGCAUGGUUCUAAACAAGGCUGCUGUCCAAUUGAUAAAACUCAUCGGAAUCAGUGUCGAGCUUGUCGCCUCAAAAAGUGCUUCGAAGCUGGAAUGAAUAAAGACGCAGUACAACACGAACGAGGACCCAGAAAGCCUAAGCCACAUCCGUCAAUAAUGUCUGACAAACAUCAUCAGCAAUCAGCCAUGGUGUCACCUCUGUCAUCACAUUCUGGGACGCCAGUUCAUCAUGACGCAAGGGUUGAUUUAAACACAGCCCACUUGCUGUCUCAUCAUAGCUCAGUAGUUAAUCCUCUGCAACCAAUCGGUGCUGCUGGACAUCAUGAUCGUAAUCGACGUGACCGUCCUUCUCAUUUAUUUCCUAUUCAUAGAUUUGUUUUCAGUGACAAUCCUCUGAGAAGAUUGAGGUACGUCCCGUUUCCACAAGUAGCAUCGCUGAUGCAAAAACCACCACCACCGAGUGAUGCUACAUCACCGGUGUCAUUUCCUCUGCAACUACCACCACCUAAUCCGGGUCUCUAUCACUCGGCGACGGUCGCACUGGGACAACAGCCUCCGUUGUUUCAGAUACUAAUGUCUGCCGAAAAAUGCCAGGAGUUUGUAUGGGACACUCGGUUGCAGCCGGACGAGACACUAGACCGAUUGGAGACUGAAGCGAGUCACAGUCCUACAAGACCGCUGCCCAAUUUCAGUCCUACUUGGGAAAUACUUCAGGAAACGACGGCGAGACUAUUAUUCAUGGCAGUAAAAUGGGUCCGAUGUUUAGUACCCUUUCAAACUUUAUUUAAAGAUGACCAGCUUGGUCUGCUGCAGCAAACUUGGACGCAGUUGUUUCUUUUACAUCUAGCCCAGUGGUCAGUUUCUUGGGAUAUCACGGCAUUACUCGAUGAUGAACAAGUUCGCAGAAGGCUUCCUGAUGAAACUUCAAGACAAGAACUUAAUACCAUACAAGACAUCAUGUCACGGUUUCGUCAAUUGUCGCCUGAUGGUGGGGAAUGCGGUUGCAUGAAAGCCAUUGUUUUAUUCAGGCCAGAAACAAAAGGACUGACAGACCCGAAGCCUGUUGAAAUGCUUCAAGAUCAAGCCCAAUGUAUCCUAAAUGACUACAUAAGGUCACGUUAUCCUCGACAACCGGAGCGUUUCGGUAGAUUUCUAUUAUCUCUACCCAUGCUACAUGUUGUGAAACCAUCGACUGUUGAAUUAUUGUUUUUCCGCGAGACUAUUGGGGAAAUACCAAUCGCGCGUCUGCUUGGUGACAUGUAUCAAAUGGACCAUCAUUCAGAAGAAUACAAACAGGACCCGGAUUUUAGUAUGAUGAAUCUGCAAAAAGCGACGGAUUUAAAAAAGUAAAAUA